AUGGCCCCGAGAGCCGCCAACCCAGCAGGGUGGUCAUUCACCGUCCUGUCGCUAGCCAUCGCAAAUCUUCUGAUUCCAAUAUCAAUUCUGAUAUUUGCCACCGGCUUCUUUCCAUACAAGCCGUUUCUUCCCGGUCUGGCCGACUUUGAAGUUUUGGAGACUGGCCCACCCCCCCAGGCGCCCUUUGACAAGCUGGUUUUUGUGGUGAUUGAUGCACUUCGAAGCGACUUUGUGUACUCGAAAGGCUCUGGGUUUGAAUACACGCAGAGCCUUAUUCGCCAUGGCUCAGCUAUCCCAUUCACAGCCUACGCUCGCUCGCCAACAGUGACGAUGCCGAGGCUGAAAGCAAUCACUACUGGCUCUAUACCCUCUUUUGUAGAUCUCAUACUCAAUAUCGACGAAGGAGACAAAUCUUCGGCUCUCGCGGCGCAGGACACCUGGUUGGCUCAGCUCAAGGCCAAGGAUACUGGAAAGGCACUCAUGUAUGGUGAUGAUACAUGGUUGAAACUCUUUCCAGACUAUUUUGAUCGCCAUGAUGGAACAUCCAGUUUCUUUGUAGCUGAUUUUACCGAAGUCGACAACAAUGUGACUCGCCAUAUCAAUGGAGAGUUGAAGAAUGACGAUUGGUCGCUCAUGGUACUACACUACCUUGGACUAGAUCACAUUGGCCAUAAAUCAGGGCCCAGGAGUUCCAACAUGGUUCCAAAGCAGCACGAGAUGGACUCUAUUAUCCGCACCAUUUAUGAUUCCUUGUCGUCGAGGAAGCAUCUCGAAUCAACUCUUUUGGUGGUUUGUGGCGAUCAUGGAAUGAAUGAUGCAGGGAAUCACGGCGCAUCGUCGCCUGGUGAGACGUCUCCUGCGCUGCUCUUCCUGUCCCCGAAGCUCAAGGGCAUCGGGCAUCCAUACGAAGCACCUACGCUCCCUCAAAACGAGUUUGACUUUUAUUCCGAGGUGGAACAGUCGGACAUUGUACCGACUCUUGCCGCCCUUCUUGGGUUUCCUGUCUCCAAGAAUAACCUCGGUGCCUUCAUCCCCGAGUUUCUCCCGUUCUGGCCGAGCCCCAAAGAUAAGAUUCAAAUUCUCAUCCGGAAUGCUCGGCAAAUUCUCAACAUUGUCACUGCGGCUUUCGGACCCGAACUUUUCGACGUUGCCUCGUCGACUGACCCCUGCCAGCUGGAGCGUACUGACAUCAACGAGCUCGCAUGUGACUGGCGGUUCAUCACCCAGCGCGCAUUAUCACUCAAUUCUCAAAACACAAUCGAUCAAGAGUGGCUCACGUCCACCUCUCGAUGGAUCCGCAAGGCUCAGAAUCUGAUGAGUAGCAUGGCCUCCAACUACGAGAUGCCGCGCUUGUACACUGGACUGGGACUUGCCGGCAUAGCUCUUAUCAUCACAGCGUCUACCUUCCUUACACAGCGUGUCCUAAGGUCCCAGACCGCACCCCCACUAAUACUAAUAUCCUUUCUUUAUAGCGCCAUGAUGUUUGCGAGCAGCUACGUUGAAGAAGAGCAUCAUUUCUGGUACUGGGCCGCCACCCUCUGGCUGGCCUUUCUCGGAGCCAAGGCCAUUCGACGAUCUAGCAAGCUCUCAUCGGGCGGCUGGUACCUUGUCGCACUUCUUGCCAUGCGAAUCACGAGGAGCUGGAACCAGACUGGCCAAAAGUUCGCCGGCGAGCCCGACAUUGUCAAACUAUUCGUCCACCGGUACCCCGCGGUCUUAUGGCUCGCCAUCAUCGUCAUGUACGGAAUCACCUGGUCUCAAAUGCUGCCCAGUCUCGAGAGCAUCCCCGUCAUCGCUUCCACGUCCAUCACAUCGGUCCUCAUCUCAUCGGCGUUCACCUUUAAGCUGGCCUUUACCGCUGCCGAUGCGCCCGAGCUUGUCGUCGGCUUUGCCAAGACGCUCAACGACAAGUUUGAAGGCCAGUCGCUGCUUUGGCGCGCUCGUGUCGUCUUCAUCGUUCUUGGCUUGCUUUCAGUCUUUGCCAUUGCCCGCGGCGUCUCUGGCGGACGACACGCAAGAUCAGCGAGUUUAUUGCACGAACUUGUGACCCUUUUCGCAAUGACGCAGUCCCGCGCCGCUAAUGUGCCUAUCUUCCUACUCGCUUACAUUAUCUACUCCACUAUCGACGCCAAGCAGAUGACGCUCGCCGAAAUCACCACCUCCUCCAUCCUCUUCCAGUACGCCAGCUUUUUCGCCGCGGGCGGUUCCAACGCCAUCUCUUCCGUCGACCUCUCCAGCGCCUAUAAUGGUAUUUCCGGCUUCAACGUCGUCGCCGUUGGCAUUUUUACCUUCGCCAGCAACUGGGCCGGCCCGCUGUACUGGACCUCGGCCACCACGACUCUCCUUGUCGACAAGUAUCGGGUUGGCGAGCGCGGCGUCUUCCGGCAGCACGUCGCGCUGCUGACCGUCUUUGCCACGGCGUCUGUCACGUCCGUUAUGGCGGCGUGCACUGCCAUGCGUACUCAUCUGUUCAUAUGGACCGUCUUUUCACCGAAAUAUCUGUACGCCAUGGCCUGGAAUAUUCUGCAGCAUCUCUUGGUGAACAUUGGGCUCAGCGGGACUCUAUUCUGGCUCGGCACUCGAUGA